CACUGACCACGACUCGCGAGCUAACUCUGGGAAGAUGGAUAACAUCGACAACUUCACCUUCGACAUCCCUCUCUGCGCUUCAAACGAUGAAGCAGCUGGCUUCAAGAUCCGGAACAAGGGUCCCUACCAGGUCAAUCGUCAAUACGUUACCGGUUCCGACAGGAAAGGCACCACCGUCGUCCGCGGCCGCCUCGUCCACGUUGUACACGGCUUCCACUCCAUAUCCUUUCCCUCACAUCUCCGCCUCCAACCCGACGAUUAUUUCCGCAAGCCCGGUCUCGCCAACGGCAACCGCACGCCAUGUACCCUCAUUGUGCUGGAGUGGAACAUGACUCCCGGCAGCGUCGAAACCCGGCACCGAUUCCGCGCCGUACGCAUCAGCCUUGUCUUCUUCGCCUCGGAUUCCCGACCCGGUGUGCCACCGGGUGGCAACCUCUCGGCGUGGGAUCCUGUCCCAAAGCGAAUUGUGCCGUCUGAGGAGGAUCCCAAGCUGAGCCGUUUCACGCCCGUCAGCGCGGUAUCAUCUUCCGAGCUAUCUUUUGGUCCGACUGUCGGCUACGACGGCAUCGCUUCGGUCAACGCAGAGUAUAGCAAGGGCAGGAGCGUUGCGGUACAGUACACCGCUUCUGCGUUAAUAACGGGCAAGAUCUGUCACGAGGGGCGGGUCAGCGGCGAUCCGAACGCAGUCCAAUUCGUGUUUCUGGAGAACAAAGAUGCCAAGACAGGGGUGCCUCCAGUUGUCCGAACGGCCAUACUAUUACGGCGCGAGGAUAUUGACCUGAAAGGGAGGUUUGCCAUGACGGUCGAGGUCUCUACGGACGUCAACUGGUGGCAAGACAGCAAGGAAAAGAUGCGCAGAGCGGUAGGCGCUAGGUUGCUCGAUGAUCCGGUGAACUUUGACCCGAGCGAUCCGUACGUGUUACAGAAUGGGGAGAAGGUAGAGAGAAAGAAUUGCAAGAUACGCGGGGUGGACUGGAGGAGAUUGGGGGAGGUGAACUUGAACCAGUUUCUGGUGGAUUAUAGCGGACCUCCUCCCAGCAGUGGUGAAGACGACGACUCGGUCUCUGAUGCUUCCGAUGAAAGCGCAGUCUGGGAAGAUGCCCAAGAGUCCCUGUAGUGUCACGGGACAGGCAUGCAGGAGGGACGUACAUCGAGGUGAGGACUGCAUUGCAUUGGACUGUACGUCGAUCUAGGUAAGGAUUGUGAUCUAUCGUUCGCUAAAAUGCGCGGUAGAGACUGUCUUGUGG